AUGGGUGGAUGGGAGCGGAGGGGUGCAGGGUCUGGAAAGGAGCGGUUGGUGUUAGUGCUGGGGGACCUGCACAUCCCGCACCGGUGCAGCGGUCUGCCCGCCAAGUUCAAGAAGCUGCUGGUUCCAGGAAAGAUUCAGCACAUCCUGUGCACGGGGAACCUCUGCACUAAGGAGAGCUACGACUAUCUCCGGACACUGGCUUCAGAUAUUCAUGUUGUCAGGGGGGACUCUGAGAGCCUGUAUUAUCCUGAAGAGAAGGUUGUAACUGUUGGGCAGUUCAGAAUUGGUUUGAUUCAUGGUCAUCAAGUUAUUCCCUGGGGUGAUGUGGCCAGCCUGGCUCUGCUACAGAGGCAGCUAGAUGUGGACAUUCUCAUCUCUGGACAUACACACAAAUUUGAAGCAUUUGAACAUGAAAACAAAUUCUACAUCAAUCCAGGAUCAGCAACAGGAGCUUACAAUGCUUUGGAGAUAAACACCAUCCCUUCCUUUGUACUGAUGGAUAACCAGGCAUCUACAGUUGUGGUUUAUGUGUAUCAACUAAUUGAAGAAGAUGUGAAAGUAGAGAGAAUUGAGUUCACGAAACCUUGA